AUGAGUGUGCGGUGCACUCCGCCACCAUUCGGCUGGCAAGCUAUGGCGAAAACUAGGCACCAGCUGUGUAACUUCGUCACGGACAACGAUGGCAACAACAAUGCUCCCCCUCAAAUUGCUCCAGAUGGUCCUUCUGGGCGUAGAAAGAGGUCUCGUUCUCGCUCACCUGGUGAACCAGAUGGCAUUCCACCGGCAACUCGUCGUCGUUCGCAGUCACCGUCUCGCGUUCAAAUAGACCUUCCUCGUGUAAACGAUGUGGAUCCAAUUCGACGGGCUGAAAGGGAGAGGCAACUCGCUGCAAAUAUAGCAGCCAUGACCCUCGAAAGAGCCUCAAAUCCAAGAGUGCAAGACAGCGCGCAGGACGAAGCAGAAAGGAAGGCUGAAUUUGCCAAGCUUAUAGGCUCACGCUCGGGUGGCGUGUACAUGCCCCCUGCACGUCUACGUGCCUUGCAAGCCGCCGCAGCCAGUGAUAAAACCAGUCCAGAAUACCAACGAUUGUCUUGGGAUGCCCUCCGCAAAUCUCUUACUGGUAUUGUCAACCGAGUCAACAUUGCGAAUAUAAAGCAAAUUGUCCCUGAACUCUUCUCCGAAAAUCUUAUCCGCGGUCGAGGCCUUUUUUCCCGGAGCAUCAUGAAGGCGCAAUCAUCAAGUUUGCCAUUUACGCCUGUAUUUGCUGCCGUGGUGGCCGUUAUCAACACAAAACUCCCUCAAGUGGGAGAACUUGUUCUCACUCGUUUGAUUAGUCAAUUCAGACGAUCGUUCAAGCGAAAUGACAAGAUUGUAUGCCACUCAACAACGACUUUUAUCGCUCAUCUUGUUAAUCAAGCUGUCGCUCAUGAAAUCAUAGCUCUCCAAAUCCUGGUUCUUCUUCUCGAGCGGCCCACCGAUGACUCGAUUGAAAUUGCUGUCGGCUUCAUGCGCGAAGUAGGCGCCUUCCUCGCUGAAAACUCACCAAAGGCCAAUGCAACUGUCUUUGAGCGAUUCCGCGCUGUCUUGAACGAAGGGUCAAUCAGCCACAGGGUUCAAUAUAUGAUCGAAGUUUUGAUGCAAACUCGGAAGGAUAAGUACAAGGACAACCCAAUCCUACCUGAAGGUCUUGACUUGGUUGAAGAGGAAGAACAGAUUACACAUCAAAUCCAGCUUGAGGAAGAGCUCCAGGUUCAGGAAGGACUAAAUGUUUUCAAAUUUGAUCCUAAUUACCUGGAGAACGAGGAGAAGUACAAAUCUAUCAAGGCUGAGAUUCUAGGCGAAGGUUCAGAGGACGAAGAAUCUGGCUCUGAAGAGUCGUCUAGUGAGGAUGAAGACGAAGUGGUCGCAGACAAAGAAGGCAUCGAAGACCGCACGGAGACCAAUCUCGUGAACCUGCGUAGAACGAUCUACUUGACGAUCAUGAACGCCCUUAAUUACGAGGAAGCUGUACACAAGCUCCUCAAAGUACAGAUCAAAGAAGGUGAUGAGAUUGAGCUCAUCAACAUGGUGAUCGAAUGUUGCUCCCAAGAACGUUCUUACUCCACCUUCUAUGGUCUUGUUGGCGAGCGCUUCAGCAAACUCAACCGUGUCUGGACGGAUGCUCUCGAGCAGGCCUUUGUCAACUAUUACACAACGAUACAUCGGUACGAGACUAAUCGCCUGCGCAACAUCUCUCGUUUCUUCGGGCACAUGAUCGCGACGGAUGCCAUCUCCUGGAUCGUGCUCGAGUGUGUCAAAAUCAACGAGGAGGAUACGACGAGCUCAAGUCGUAUUUUCAUCAAGAUUAUGAUGCAAGAGAUGAUGGAGAGUAUGGGAUUGAAAGCGCUCGGGGAGAGGUUCAAGGAUGAGCAGGUCAAGCACGCGACCAAGGACAUGUUCCCAAUGGACAAUCCGAAAAACACGCGAUUCUCCAUCAACUACUUCACGAGCAUUGGACUCGGUGUCCUCACUGAAGAAAUGAGAGAGUACCUCAAGAAUGCCCCACGCCUCAUUAUGGAACAACGACGUGCCAUGCUGGAGCAAGAAUCGAAUUCAUCUAGCAGUGACUCUGACUCGUCUGAUUCUGACUCUGAUUCUGAGUCCGACUCUGACUCGGAUACUUCCCCAUCAGAUUCUGGGUCUUCUGUGGACUCUAGGCGACGUCGACGAACUCCUUCCCCCCCUCGCAGAGGGCGGGAUGACUCGCGUUCUGUGCCACGCCGUAGUGUCCGAGGCGACUCUCGUCGUCCCCCUGCACGCCGUGAUGGAAGGAACGACUCGCGUACCCCACCCCCACGCCGUGGCGCGCGAGAUGACUCACGCACUCCACCCCCACCCCCACGUCGUGGUGCUCGAGAUGACUCUCGCUCGCCUCCUCCACGCAGAGGCGGACGCUACUCCUCACGUACGCCGUCCCCGUCGCCUCCCCCGCGACCAAGGGAUGGACGAGGAUAUACCCGUCGCGACUCUCCUCGCCACCGGAGAGAUGACCGGUCCCCUCCGCCUCGCAAGCGGGAUAUGGAUGGACGGGAUCGAAGUGGGCGGGAUGGUGGAUAUGAACGGCGGCGCAAGGAUGAUUAUCGUGAGAGAGAGCGGAAUGAGCGAUCUCCUGGAGGUGAUAGGCGCAGGAGGAUCUCUAAUGAGAGGGAGAGAGACCAUGGUGGCAGGAGAUAA